CAAUGCUAAACUUCCCAAUGUAUGGAUGUGUAGAUCGCUGUAUCCUUUGUGUGCGGCGAGGUGGGUUACCGAGCACAUACCCGUGCUGCAGAAUCCCAUCUUGAGCCAGAUCGAGGCCCAGAAGAAAGAAUUUUUGCGCGCGCUCUUUGAAAUCUACCGAUUUUACGGACACGCUGCUGCAUUUCUAAACAAAUUUCCCAUGAGAAUCGAGCCAAAUCUACCGCCGAACAAAUUGGAGCUGUACAAAAAGAUGAUCGACAGCUAUAGCUUCCCUCUCAUGGCGAUCGAUAUCCUGGAAACAAAAGGCCAUAAACUUAACCAAAGGUUUGAUGCGUUGGCGUCGGUGUCUGGUCUAAAAGACAAGUCGUUGGAUGAAUUGCAAGCUCCAGUACGGCAUCUGUCGUAUUUAGUGCUAGACACACCAGUAGUCAAGGAAGAAACAGUCCGUGGUUGUGUAGAGGUUCACGUUGUGCCGUUGGAAUCCCUGGAUCCGCUCAUAUCGGUCCCUAUCCAAAGCCGCAGUGGCAAAGCAGUGGGGCGGACGUUCCGGUCUUUGAUGUUUGUUUUUCUGUAUGGAGACUCUAGUGGAAGAACUCGCAGGGUGGCACGGUUAGCUGGUGCGUAUGGAAGGGAAGACAAACAGAUUGCGGUACAGAACAUUGUGUACGCUCUGCUUGUCUUAUGGAAGCAGGACCGCACACAUCUGAAGAAUAGAAGCUUACCCGAUGAUAAGUUGCUGGAGCUGCUAUUGCUGACAUCUUUAAUUUCGUUUACUGUGGACUCUUCCGACCAAAAAUCAACAGACCUGGAGCUUACGGUAUUCGACGAACGACUAUUGAGCAUGGAAAUUUACGCUGCCGUGGGUGGCUAUCUGGAGACACUAAAGCAGCUUCACCACUUGCGUCUUCUCCUGGGAAGCAAACUGCCACCAAACUCGGGUUGCUCGACGUAUUUCUCGGGCGAAGUGUUUCUUAAGGUGUGCCAUACCUUGAUGCAGAGUACUAGGAGCUCAUCCACGGCGGGAAAGUCGACGAAGAGCGCGUCGGGAUUGUCUUGCAGAGCAGUGGAGUCCGUCAUUUCCAAGUUUGCUGAAAUCUCUGACAGAAAACGGUUUUGGUCUCACUAUACGAAUAUUCGUGGUGCAAUGCAACGCAUGAAAGAAUUGGUCGCACUUCCAAGUGGUGUGGCACGUGCUAACGUGGCUAGCAAGAGUGCAGCGACUGCAGCCCUAGAGAACACCAUGCGAAGCAAUGGAUACAUCAGCGUGGAUGGGUUCGAUCUUCGACCACCUGAUGCCACACCACCAUUGCCGCUUUCCUCGCCAUCGCAUCUUCAAACAUCGGUCAACGCUCGUUCGGUGAGGGGGUUAAUGACAUCGAAACCUACAGAGCGUACUAGCACUGACGAUGCCGUAGAGCCUGAGCCAGAGCCCUCGACGUCAGUAAGUCUGAAGGGGAUGAUGCAGACAUUGCCAGUGUUUGACCAUCGCGAGGAGAUUUUGAAGAACGUGGCGAUAAAUCAACUGACAAUCAUCCAGGGCGAGACUGGCUGCGGUAAAAGUACGUCUGUCCCUCAAUUCUUUUACAACGCGUGGGCUCGCGCCAAAGCUUCAUUCGAACGUCCUGUCAACAUUUACGUGACACAACCAAGACGGAUUGCUGCAAUUGAACUGACCAACACUGUGGCAAGGAUGCGAGAAGGAAAUGGGUUUGACGAGGUUGGUCAAGUUGGACAAGUCGUUGGCUAUCGGAUUGGCCAGAAGCACGUGACUUCCAGCAAGACGAAGAUUACUUAUGUUACCACAGGAUACAUGGUGGAGCGAAUUAUUCACGACCCCGAGGCGCUGACGAAGAUUACGCAUCUGGUGCUGGACGAAGUGCACGAGCGCAGUAUGGAUGUGGACUUGCUGCUUCUAUUGCUAAAGCUUAAAUUCAAAAACCACCCUCAGGUUCGUGUCGUGAUCAUGUCGGCAACCAUGGAUGCAAAGCUUCUUAUCCAUUACCUAGCAAAUGCACUGGCGGCACGGUUGGUCAACAGGAAACCUCUUUGUGUCGGUUCCAAGCUGUACCCGGUGGAAGACAUCUACCUCGACAAGUUAUCGGAUCACUUCCCCGGUCUGUCGCAACGAGGUCAGCAGGACUUGGUGCUCAUGAAAGAUCAGUUUAAAAGACUUUCAAAGCCUCAACACAUGACCAACAGCAAACUGGCGAGGAAAUCGAUCAUGAAUAUUCACGACAACCAGUUAAAGCUCAUUAAGGAAAUGGUGCGGUGUUUGAUUCGGGAGCAGACUCAGCAAAUUGAGUCGCAAUCGCAGUGCAUUCUCAUCUUCCUCCCUGUGCUGCACUCCGAAAUUGAGCUGGGAGACCAGCGAGAAGCAUUCAAGUUGCUUGGUGUUAAGUCAACCAAAAUCGUCUUGUCCACGAACAUUGCCGAGAGUAGUGUAACCAUCCCGGAUGUCACGCAUGUGAUUAACUGCGCAGUUGAGAAGCAGAUCGAGCUGUCCAGCGUUAAAAAAUUACAUGCAGAAGUUUUGAAGGCUAAUUGGUGCUCGAAAGACUCGUCUAUCCAGCGUUCUGGACGUGCUGGACGAGUGAUGCCUGGCAAGGCAUUUCACUUGUUUACGAAGGCAUUCCAUGGCUCGUGUAUGGCUCAGUACACCACCCCAGAAUUGUUACGCAAGCCGCUGGACCGCGUCAUCCUGCAGUUCACCGGACGUCUGAGCGAGUUUAAAGUGCCGAGUUCUCUUCUACGCGGAGCUUUGGAUGCUCCAGACCUCUCGCAUAUCGACAAUGCCUACAGGUUGUUGGCUUCUUUUGAUGCGAUUGACUCGGAAGAUGAGAAGGACUCUCGUUUGACAAGGUUCGGGUCUUUCGUCUGCCACUUACCACUCAGUCUUCAGCUGUGUCGACUGCUAAUGACUGGGGAAUCUUAG